AUGGUGGAGGAGGAUAUGGUAGUGAUCACGCUGAAAUGCCUUCCCAGAUCCUAUGAUCAUUUCAUUGAUACGCUCAAUAUCUCAUCUACUAGUGUUGAUUUGAAGUUUCUUGAUCUCUGCAACAAGCUGCUACAACAAAAUCGAUGGAAGCAGCAGUUUGGAAGCAGUGCUAUUUCAUCCAUUGAACACGAUUUCACAGCCUCAUCUUCGCAUAAGUACAAGGAGUACAUGCCUUUCACUAAUUCAGUGAUCUUUGGUGGAGGUGCAGAGUAUACUAUUGUCGGCAACGGCAACAUUCAGAUUUCAUCUGGUGGGAGGGAUUUAAUAUUCCUCAAUACGUUUAAGGCCUUAGUGGAAAAAGAGUCUAGUUGUCAGAUAGGCACUCUUUGGUCCCACAAUGGAGGGGAAUUUUAUUCUACAGAGUUUACCAAAUUUUGUGCAUCAUAUGGCAUUAAGCAUCAGCUUACCACACCUUACACCCCACAACAGAAUGGUGUUGUGGAACGCAGGAACCAUAUAGUCACUGAGAUGACUCAGUCUAUGUUGGAGCAUCGAAAUCUUCCAAAACACUUUUGGGCAGAAACGGUCUUAACUGCAAUAUACCUCUGA